AUGGCGGCUCUCUUGGCACUACUUGUUUUGGCUUUUGCCAUGGUCUUUGGCAACUCUGCUGCUGAUCCUGACAUGCUUCAAGACAUUUGUGUCGCCGACCUCACUGCGGGGGUGAAAGUCAAUGGGUUCGUCUGUAAGGACGCAGCAAAUGCAACAGCAGAGGACUUCUUCACCGCUGGGCUAGCCAAACCAGGCCUCACCAACAACACCUUUGGCUCACUGGUGACUGCAGCCAAUGUGCUCAAAGUCCCAGGCCUCAACACUCUCGGAGUCUCACUGGCUCGAAUCGACUAUGCCCCCGGUGGCAUUAACCCACCUCACACCCACCCCAGAGCUACAGAAAUUGUCUUUGUGCUUGAAGGUGAAUUGGACGUUGGGUUUAUAACCACAGCAAACAAGCUCAUCUCCAAGACCAUCAAGAAAGGUGAAGUCUUUGUGUUCCCAAAAGGGUUGGUUCACUUCCAGAAGAACAAUGGGAAGGUGCCUGCUGCUGUGAUAGCUGGAUUUAACUCUCAGCUGCAGGGCACCGCGAACAUUGCUCUCACAUUGUUCGCCGCCACACCGGAAGUGCCGGAUCACGUCUUGACCCAGACAUUCCAGGUCGGCACCAAGGAAAUUGAGAAAAUCAAGUCAAGGCUUGCUCCCAAGGCCUAG